AUUCGUCUGUGAGUGUGACUCUAUGGCAAUUGUGGUUGGUUGAUGGUUCCUUGUCAAAAUAUUUUUGUUUUGUUCAUCGCAUUUUACUUUUUUAAAGGUAAAAUGUGUAAAAAUAGUGAUACAACACACAAUUUUUAAAAUCGUACAACAUGAGGUAAAUGUAUAAACACAGAUUCGUUGUCAUGUUUUGGAAACGUAUUCCUCGUAAUAGUUGGUGGUAGUCAUGUCAGAUUGUGCACUGGUAGCCAGUGUAAGCGAACACGAUGCUAGCAUGGACGUGGGAAACGACAAAUCCCUAUUCGAACCUCCUGCUACUAUGAUGGUAAAUGAAUACGAGGACGACGAGAGAACAUUAGACGAGGAAGAAGCUUUGGCGGCAGGCGAGCACCAGGACCCUAAAGCGGAACUGAACAGUCUGCAGCGGGAAGGUGAUAUGCCUUUGGAGGAGCUACUCGCUCUGUACGGCUACAAUAAAAAUAUGGAUAAACCGAUCGCAGAGCAACCACCAGAAGUGGUGCCUGAGGAGAAUGAGAAAACUGAAUCUGCGUUACAGCAACUCUACAGUGAAACUGCUAGUCCUGAAGCCACACGGUGCCUUAGGUCUGGCUCGAGGCCGCCUUCUGAAGAAGAGGAUGACUAUGAUUAUAGUCCUGAUGAGGAAGAUUGGAAAAAGACUAUUAUGGUAGGUAGUGAUUUCCAAGCUGGUAUACCAGAGGGCUUGUGUAGUUAUGAUGAUGCCCUUCCCUAUGAAAAUGAAGACAAAUUAUUGUGGAACCCAAGUGUUCUUGACGAAAAGGUUAUUGAGGAUUAUAUGAGGAAAAUUUGUGCUAUGAACUCGACUACUGGUAUUGAUGCAGUACCUAAGGGUAAGCAGCUGAGGGAUGAUGAAGAAGCACUCUUCCUCCUGCAACAAUGUGGGCAUAAUGUAGAAGAGGCUCUGAGAAGACGAAGAAUAUCCGCUCAGACACCUGCACAUGCCAGCGUUUGGUCAGAGGAAGAAUGCAGGAACUUUGAGAAUGGCAUUAAAAUUCACGGUAAAGACUUCCACCUCAUUCGCCAGCAGAAAGUGCGGACAAGGUCUGUUGGUGAAUUAGUACAGUUUUACUAUAUUUGGAAAAAGACAGAAAGGCAUGACAUAUUUGCAAACAAAACUCGAUUAGAAAAGAAAAAAUAUACCUUACACCCUGGUCACACGGAUUACAUGGACAGAUUUCUGGAGGAGCAAGAACAAACUGGUCCUAGUAUGGUGCGACCCGUUUCACCUUCACAGAUGAUGGUGUAUGUUCCCUCACCUGCCACACAACCAGAUCCAUUAGCGUUGGGGGAGAAGGAGGUAUUUUCACAACUAAACACCCACACAACUCCCCCAAGAACACUUUCUACUGAGGAUCCAGAGCCAGACUUGGUUUCCUAAUACAUGUAUUUUUGGCUAUGCCAUAACAAUGUUGUGUAGAAUGCACUGUUUAAGAUUAUACUUGUUUACAGCUGUUUGUCCCUUAUUCAUAAAUUUUUUAAUUAUUACAAGGCUAUCAUAAUAUUAAGAUUACAUUUUUUUGUUUUAUAUACUGACAGUACAAUGUAAAUACUAAAUAAAAAUAUAUAUUUUAUUAUAUUAUAUUUGUGAAUAAGGGAAAACUAGUUUGGAGGUGUUUUGAAUAUUGCAAUGUUUAUAAAAUGUUGCUACAGAAUGUAUACUAGACACAUGGGUGUACCUCGCUUCUGGCCUUAGCUGGCAGAAAAUAAAAUAAUUUAGUAUAACAAGUUUUUGGGCCCAGGAACAAAAUAUUUAUUCAUGACUAUACUGUAUAAACUUUGUGUGAUAUAUUCAUUGAGAGUUGGUGAACUGUGAGGUUUUCAGAGGGCAUAUUAGUUCUCAAACACCAAAAUCUGGAAAUGGGUGUAAGGAAAACACCCUAUUACCAUGGUUAGCCUUGUUAAAAAAUAUAAAAUAUAGUAAAUACAGUCUGACUCACCAUGAAUAUUGAAAUACAACAUUUAAGAAGUUUGAUCAUGAAUGAAUACUUUGUUUGUACUAUAAGUAUUUUAGCGAAAUUUAAAAAAUACCUUAUAUAUACAUAACUAUAUGUACACAAGUACUGCCCAUGUAAUAAUCUAGGGAUGGCAGGUUACUCAAAGUACACCCAUGUCUAGAUGUUUGAGCAUUAGCCACAACAAAAAAUAUAAUAUCUAUUUGAUAUUAUUCAUAUUGAAGUAUAACUUUUCAUUUGUACCAAUACCAAUCAUAUUUUGACAACCCCUCUGAUUUUGACCUAGGAACCAAGAAGUAGAUUCAAUGCCAAGCUUGAGUUACUUUAUGAAUAUAUAUUUUCAAAAUUGGCACAGGUCUAGCAGUUACCCUCUGAUGUGGCUAUCAACAAUAUACAAGCAAGUUGGCUAAUAAUCCUAGAUAAAGAUUUUUUUAUAUGUGAAAGUAGAAACUAUGACAUGUUGCUUUUAUCUAUUUAACCUUGUAGUCUAAAGACUAGACUAGACAAAUUAUUCAGAUGAGAAUUGCACCUGGUGCCUUAUCUUGUACAUAAUAUGUAAGGUUACAAAUGAAAAGUUGCUUCCAAUAGAUUUAGUAGUCACUGUAAAUAUAUUUUUUAUAUACCAUGGAAUGUCAUGCAUUUUUAAACUCAUUAUAUUAUUUCAUAAAUUUCUAUAAUUUAUGGCUUUUGCGAAUUUGAAUAUUACAAAGAAAUCAGAGAUUGCUUUCCAUUUUAAUAUUAUUACUUAGUUUGCUAUCACACUUGAAUGGACUAAUGAUAAUAAUAAACAUUGAGCUAUGUCUCAGUAACAAAAUAUUUAUUUAGGUUUAAUUAAUUUUAAUACAUACUGAUUUUAUUCACUUAAAUUCAGUGAUUUCUAAUUUUAUUACUUCCAUUACUAAUAAUGUAACAACACAAUUUCUGUUGUUAUUAUUAUUUUUUAUGUUUUUUUUAUUAGUUACGUUUUUCCAUCAUCUCAAUCAUUUUAUUUUAUUUUAAUCCUGAAGAUGUAUGGAAUCUUGAUCCAGUGGUAAAGGCAUUGAUGCAAACAGAUCACAAAAUAUACCAUUUCUUUAAUACAUAUCUAUAUGUAUUUAAACUAUCUAAGUUGAUAAUAAUAAUUAUAUAAUAUCAGUUCAUUUAAAAUGUACAUAUAUUUAAAACCUACCUACUUAUCCAUUUAAUAAUUAAUAAUUUUGUUUGACUUUAAUUCUACUAUUUAUGGUAUAAAUAAAACUUUUAUUAUAUCAACUGUAAGCUUUAAUGAUUCCCAUAUUUAAUUUACAUUUUAUGUGCAAAGUACCGAAUUUAGACCAUUAAAAAGCAGUUAAGAUGUGAUUUUUUAUAUUAAAAAGGAUGAUUUUAUUAAAUUCAUGUGUUUAAAAUAUUUUUUAAAUACUUAAAUUUAAUUUUAAGACUGAAAAGGAUGCAUAAAACCCAGUCAGUAGUCACAGACUGCUACUUGGUUUUAUACUCAAAUUGCACUUGAAAACAUCUAAAGCAAGAAAGUAUUUUGGUGUAAAUUAUAUAUCUAUUGAGAAUAAACUGCAAGUUAUGCCCAAGG